GUCACAUGACGUCAGUGCGCUGGCUAACGGCUAACACGUUAGCUUCGGUUGUCAAGAAGAAACAUAGGAGCAACGUACGGACGCAGUACUCCAACUAACAACCCUUCAAACUCCCUAAGUCUUUGGGCAUUGUAGAAAGGGACUUGCCUUCUUUCCUACUCAUCCUCCUCAAGACAUGAGUCAUUAAACGCCUGAGGAAUAAGUCACUGGGGCAUCCUCGAGGCUCAUCGGGCUAGUCCUCCAUCAACGCAGGGGUAUUGACAGGCUGAGGUUGUGGACUCACAUGGGCAUGAUGGAUAGGCGAUAAAUAAGACGUCAGGUUCAGAGGUGCAGCUGAACCACCCUGAACCUUUUUGGCCCAGGCUCCAGCAACGUGAGGUCACAUCACCAGUAGAUGUACACGUUGAUUUCGUAAUGACAAGCUGCUGUGCAGAAGAUGUCCACGCUGUCUGUGACUGAUGUCCCAGAUGUUGGUCAUGAUGAGAGUAAGGUGUUUGACGGGGCCUCUGAGCUGCAGCUGGACUGCAUGGUUGAGGAGAGCGGUGGAAACACAAUGAAGCACGACGGCCUGCUGUCAUUGACUGACCUCUCCCAGCCAGAUGACUUCCCCGUCCCUUCUCAUAACGGCCCUUCACUGACGGAGAUGAGCAGCCCUCUGCCUGUAGAGCCCGGUGACAUUAAGCUGGAUCCAGCUGCAAGUGACACAUCUGCCAGCAUAGAUGGUCAGCCAGUCAAGAGAAAGAAGGGGCCCGCGCCGAAGAUGCUGGGCAACGAGGUGUGCAGCGUGUGUGGAGACAAGGCCUCUGGUUUCCACUACAACGUGUUGAGCUGCGAGGGCUGUAAGGGCUUCUUCCGCCGCAGCGUCAUCAAAAGUGCCCAGUACUCCUGCAAGAACAAUGGCCGCUGUGAAAUGGACAUGUACAUGCGCCGCAAGUGCCAGCAGUGCCGCCUGCGCAAGUGUCGGGAGGCCGGCAUGCUGGAGCAGUGCGUGCUCUCCGAGGAACAAAUCAGACUUAAAAAGAUGAAGAAGCAGCAGGAGGAGGAAACGGCUCGCACGUCCGCAGUGGUCACGCCCACCCCCCCGCAGGAAGCACCGGCGCUGGACCCACAGCAGCAGGAGAUGAUCGAGAAGCUGGUGGCCAUGCAGAAGCAAUGCAACAAGAGGUCUUUUCUAGACCGGCCGAAAGUGACGCCGUGGCCGCAGAGUCAGGACUUGCAGAACCGCGAGGUGCGUCAGCAGCGGUUCGCCCACUUCACUGAGCUGGCCAUCAUGUCCGUGCAAGAGAUUGUGGAUUUUGCGAAGCAGCUUCCAGGUUUCCUCGAGCUCACAAGAGAAGACCAGAUCGCUCUGUUGAAGACGUCUACUAUUGAGAUUAUGCUGCUCGAGACAUCUCGGCGAUACAACCCUGCCAUCGAUAGCAUCACGUUUCUGAAAGACUUCAGCUAUAAUAAGGAGGAUUUCGCCAAAGCAGGGCUGCAGUUUGAGUUCAUUAACCCCAUCUUUGAGUUUUCAAAAGGAAUGAAUGACCUGCACCUGGAUGAGGCUGAGUAUGCUCUGCUCAUCGCUAUCAACAUCUUUUCUGCAGAUCGGCCGAAUGUCCAGGAUCACGAUUUGGUGGAGAGGCUGCAACAACCGUAUGUGGACGCGCUGCGCUCUUACAUCAUGAUAAAGAGACCAAAUGAUCACUUGAUGUUCCCCCGCAUGCUGAUGAAGCUGGUGAGCCUUCGUACACUAAGCAGUGUCCACUCGGAGCAGGUUUUUGCCCUUCGCCUCCAGGACAAGAAGCUCCCCCCGCUGCUGUCAGAAAUCUGGGACGUCAAUGAGUGACCGCAGACCUGACGUCACACUCCGCAGCCUCCCGAAGCCCGAGGCAGACCACUGACUCCUCUCUGCCGAUCUGGCCGGGGAUUGGUUUUGGCGCUGAGAUUCAUUUUAUUUGUCCUUGUGGGAGGAGAGCAUCAUUGCCCUUUGCUCUCAAACAGACUCCUGAUUGGCUUCGUGUUCACUAGGAGGAACGUGAACACCUCGAUUUCUUUGAACUUUUUCCUUAGAUGCUGACACGAUUGUGGCGAUGUUAAGUACCAGCAUCCGGCUCCUUAGCCAGUCAUCUCUGAUUCAAUAUUUGUCGAAACUACGUCAAUCUCUAGUGCAGUUCUAUACUCUUCUUCUAACGAUUCUAAUCAGGAAGUGCUGAGCGGGUUCGAGGCUGUGGCUGUCUCAAACGUCAGGAUUACAUUUGCACGUUGAGUUGUGCAAUAGACAGAAAUGGAAACGGAGUCGAGUCGCGAGUCAGGAGCAAUUCUGCCGUUCUCUUUAUUAAGGUUAAACCGGUAGGUCAUGUUGUUGGUGUUGUGCAGUGUGACAUGGAAACGAGUAGUGUGUGUGUUCCCUCUGGGGUACGGUGAUGUAAAGGUGGGUGUAGCUGCUCAGGUAAAGUAAUGUGAAGUAGCCCUCUCAGAACUGGAGGCUUCUUUAAUAUCUCUUAGAUGACUUUAGUUUUCUUCCAAGUGCAUAAGGGACCCUUUUGGUCAUUUAUAGAUGCCCAUUAACUUUCUUGUAAAUUGUGUAUUUAUUUUUCACACGGAAAAAUGUAAAGGCGUGCACAUGAGAAGCAUCCACAAGAUUGUACAAUCGCAUACUAACGCACAACGGAGUAAAACUUAGCAGGUGGCCGACAGACUCAUUUACAGGAAACAGUGAUUAGUGACAAGAUCUUUUUUUCUUCUUCUUCUUCUUCUUCUUUAACGCAGUGCACUGGUACCUUGAAAAAGGUGGUACUAAUGUGUCUUUAAAUUCCAUGGAAAGAUUAAACGUCGAGCUACCGCCUCUCCUUUCAAAUGAACAAAUCCACAGUCUUGAUUGAAAUAUCCCAUCAAAACAGAAAGGACUGGUUUCGAUUAACACCUCAUUUGUCAGAUGUGCGAGAUGAUUCGUUUCAUUACAAAGAAAUCUUUUUGUUUUUUAAAUGUGUGGAAAGUUCAUAGUCAGAAUACUUUUAGUUUGGACAGGACAUGGAGAGUUUUUGCAGCAUUUUUAUUUUUGAUAAUCUACUGUAUGAGUGAGAAAGAGAAAUCUAAAUGUCUAAUGGAGUAUCUUUCUUCUUGAAGAGGUACACGUCAGCUUUAACUGGUCAGAUUGUGAAAGCCUCGCUAACAGAAAUGAACUAAAAUCCUUAUUAACGCGAUGCAGACAACUGGAAAGGAGUAGAGCCGUUAAAAAUGAAUAAUGAGCUUCGUGACUGCGGACAUUUAGAUGUUGAUGUUGGCACUGAGUUUUCCAUGCGUUGUCCUGAGCAGUGUGAAAACAACACCAUGCAAAUUUUUAGUCUUCAUUGAUUUGACUGUGCUUCUAUUUCCAUGUUUCACCACUGGACUCACAGAACAGUUACAGCUAUUACACAAAUGGUUUCAGGCAUUUCAGCUUUAACAGAAGCAUAAUACAUUAACUUGAGGGGGUAAAAUAAAAUUCAGAAACUGGAUGCAUGCACCUCUAUAAUACUGACAUUUUACUUUUGUUUUAUGCUUAUUUUGCAUUUUCAUCUAUUUUUUUAUGGGUUAAAACAAAUAAAAAUGCAUCAGACAGCUAACCCUUUUGCAGAUGAGAUGCAUUUACUAACACAGGUACAAGUGGCCUCCUUGUAAUUCUAUUUCAUUUGGUCAUUUUGUAAGUUUAACAAUGUUUUCCAACAUUAGUCUUACGUUUCUUUUGAAUUCAUCACCUGUUAAAGACCUCACACCAGCUUUAUUUUGUUUUAUUUCAUAAAUCCACUUCUUCACAGCAGAUAUCACAGUAGAAAAAGCACAGCUGUUCUCUCUAUUAAAGUGCUCUAAUGAGCCUCAAAGCGGGUUCAACUAAACGAAUUUCAUUUUUGAUUAUUUACACCGAGACCAAAACGAUAAAACGCUGAUUUUGAAAACUGCCUUCAUGCGUUUACAAGUAAACUCCCUACGAACGACCUCCCCUUUGAAUGUUUUCACAAGAUCCCACGUUGUAGCCUCCGACUCACCGGUUCAAUUUGAAGGCAGCAGUGUUUCAACUUUAAUGAUGUAACUUCGUCUCUGAUAUGUUAUUUUUUUUAUUGAUGUAAUGGAGCAGGAUUCAGUGCUUUAGCCCCUGAUUUAACCCAGAUGACCAGAACCUGUUAAAUGAAAUGAAUUGAUGUUGGAGGUUGUCCUUCCACAUUCUUUACCAGCAGCGCUGUGAUCUCCGGAUUAAUCACAUAGACAGUGGUAACCAGAAUGUGUCUCUUCCUCUUCCUGAACAGUAACUUGGGGAAAACACCUUGCAGAAAAAAAAGAAAGUCCCCACUUAAGUCAUUUGUUGAAGCAAGAGCAGUUAUACAAGACAAUGUCUUUAGCUGUUUUUAAAAGCUGUGCUACUAAAGCUCAAACCCAAUAGCAAUGAAUAAUGCUCCAAGAAUAAGAGAAGAUGAAUUUUUGUUCAGCGGGAGCUCACAAAGACUCACAAAGACUCAAAGUCAGCAACGUCCUGGCUUUUUCUAGACCACGUAUUGUAUCAAGCCUUUUGCCUUCCCUCCAAAAUCUCAUUUUGCGCGUUUCACUGAUGCUCUAAAUAAAUGGGAACAUAUUUUUGUUACUUAUUCGUCUUACCCCCCCCUCCCCCCCCACGCGAUAUAUUUAGCUUUGUUUAAAAGAAGCAGAUUAAUACGAGGAUGAAUUGAAUAGAGGACUGUGAAACCACAGUGGUGAUUUGUUUUCCUUGGUUAUGUAAAACAUUUUUUUUUUUUUUUUUUUUUUUUUUUUGGGUUUGUUUGCAAUGAAAUGAGUUUUAUUAUUAUUUUUAGUUUGAUGCUUGCAAUGGUUAUCUUUAGCCAAACACUAACCAGUAAGUUUAAAAGUAGUCUCUGUAACCUUGAGGGGAAGUUUCCACCGUGCUCUCAGUCGAAACGUGUGUCAGUCGAUGGAGGGAAUUUGAUGAACAUAUUUUUGUCACGGUGUGCUGUAUCUAAUCUAAUGACAAAGCAUCAGAUGUUGGCUCUUAAAAGUUUUCUUGUGUACAUUGUAUGUUAAUGCUGUAGGUAUCGACAUUAAUUGUAUUGUAUAUACUGUAAUUGUUUGUUUUCUGAUCUCAUUUUAAUUUCCGUCUUCUAAGGGUGACACUGUAAACAUUAUUGAUAUAUAGAAAUGCAAACCUAUUUUAAUACCUGUAACCCUUGAAGACCUUCUGUUUUGUAUGUACAGUAUAAAUUAAAGCUCUGCUGUAGCGCUGG